AUGGCUCCCCAAAUUCGAGCCUUCGGCGCGGGUCCCGGUGGUGUUGGCUCGGCGGCGUUCCACCAGCCCAGAUUCCCGUCACACGGGCAACCACAAGGCGGACCGAUGGGCGGCAAUCAAUAUAUCAAUGCCAACAAUCAGAUGAACCCCUUCGGUGGCGCAAACGGCAACUUCAACGUGCCCGGCCUCAACGGCGCUGGGAGCUUCACCGACACCGGCUUUGGCAGCCAAGCCUCGAGAAUGGGAUUCACACACGGCCCGGCUGGCCUGCAACCGCCCCAGCACACGGGACAACUACAGCAAAACGCCUUGAUGGAGCACCCGACGAUGAGAUCUCAGCAGAACAGGGGGCGCAUACGAGAGGUGUGGAAGCACAAUUUGAAGGAGGAGAUGGAGGUCAUACAAGACCUUGUAGAGAAAUACCAAUACGUUGCCAUGGAUACCGAAUUUCCAGGAAUUGUAGCCCGGCCAAUGGGGGGCUUCCGUGGCAAGAGUGAUUACCACUACCAAUGUUUGCGCACCAACGUGGACAUGCUGAAGCUUAUUCAAAUUGGCCUGACAUUCUUCAAUGAAGAAGGCGAGACACCACCCGCCCGACUAGGACCGGAACACGGGCUUGGGCCAUCUGCGCAAAGGAGUGCCAACCAAGGCCCCUUUCCCUACACCUGGCAGUUCAACUUCAAAUUCUCACUGAAGGAGGAUAUGUACAACGAAAAGUCAAUCGAGUCUCUCCAGCAAGCUGGAAUCGACUUCAACGCCCUGGAGCGAGACGGCAUCGACCCUCACGCCUUCGCCGCAUUGAUGAUCCCGUCCGGCCUAGUCUGCUACCCCGAUGUGAAAUGGAUUUCCUUUCACGGUGGCUAUGACUUUGGCUACCUAACUAAGGUUCUUCACUGCAAACCCCUCCCCAACGACGAGCACGACUUUGAGCACAUUAUGAAGAUAUACUUCCCGUCGACAUACGAUGUCAAGCAUCUGAUGAAAUAUGCUAUCCGGAUGCUUGGCCAGGGGACGUUUUCACCGACGGAUCCCGGAAGUACCGAGAUUCUGCAAAAAUUUGAGCACAAGUCGGGCCUGGAAAACAUGGCCGAGACGCUUAAGAUUAAACGUAUUGGCGCCGCACACCAGGCCGGAUCCGACUCUUUACUCACGGGCAAGGUAUUCUUCUCGAUGCGCGACCGCAUAUUUGGUGGCGACAUCCCCGCGGAGCACAUCGGCAAAGUAUGGGGUCUGAGUAUCCCGGACGGCGGCACGAUGACUGCGUCGAUGCUUAGCCGCAGCGAGGACAAUGGUCUGAAUGGCACCCCGCGCACGCCCAACACGCACACGGUCCAGCUCGCGACGUCGACGCCCGUGAACAACCAAGGGCCCGGCACGAACGGCGCCGGCCACAUGGGCCCCAUGACCCCCGGUGGUGGCGGAGGCAUAUUUGGCAGCUUUGCAUUUACCGGGGUCAACAGGUAG